GGGGAUCCACGGACUCGCCGGCGCCUCAGUUGCUUUCACCGAUGCGGGAAGCGAAGCACCUCCAUCGACCGGUCCGUAUUCAACAAUCAACCAUUGAACUCACUCUUUUCCCCCUUCAUUCUUUUCAAGGCAAAUCAACUAACAGCAAGAUGAUAACUAAUGCGAUUGAGCUGCUGCUUGAAGCCGGUGCAAGCGAUACUGGUGCAAGCAAUACGGCGGCAAGCAAUACUGGACGAGCAAGCGAUACUGGACGAGCAAGAGAUACGGCAAGCGAUACUGCAAGGGAUACGGCAAGCGAUACGGCAAGCAAUACUGCAAGUGAUACGGCAAGCGAUACUACUACAAGGGAUACUGCAAGUGAUACUGCUGCAAGUGAUACUCCAAGUGAUACUGCUGCAAGCGAGACUGCUAGCGACACUGGAAGCGAGACGGCUAGUCCACAAACAAAGAAGUUGAGACUCUUGUCUAACAAUGAAAGAAGUGCUGUUGUUCACUUUCUUCUCCAAAACUUGAGAAGCAGUCACGGAGAAGACAAAGUUCUUGCUAGGGGAGCCCAGAAAGCUGCUGCCGUAGUGUUCCAAACCUCCCCUAAAACUAUCUCAAGGAUUUGGAAACGAUACAAGGAAACUUGUGAUCCAAUCAAUUGCCCUGCAGGGAAUGUCUCCAACAGAAGAAACAGAUGUGGCCGCAAACAAAUGCAUCUAGAAGAUCUAGAUGCACUAGUAAGACGUGUUCCAAUGAAAGACCGUGGUGAUUUACGAACUCUUUCCGCUGUAACUGGGAUUCCUAAGUCAUCUUUGCAUCGCCUUGUCAGACGCGGGGAUAUGAGAAAGCACAACGGAACCACCAAGCCCUUGUUGACGGCUAAGAAUAAACUGAAGCGAGUUGAAUGGAUCCUGGAACACAUUGAUGACAACGGCAGGUUUGAUGAUUGGUUCAAGUGGAUUCAUAUUGACGAGAAAUGGUUUUAUCUUAAGCGUACAAAGCAGACAACCUAUCUCCUACCAGGUGAAGCUGAGCCCAAGUCUACAUCAAAGUCGAAGAACCAUAUGACUAAGGUUAUGUUUUUGUGUGCAACUGCCCGUCCACGUUGGGAUACGAACAAUUGUGCUUGGUUUGAUGGAAAGAUUGGUAUUUGGCCCUUUGUCGUAAAAGAACCAGCCAAAAGAUCGUCUGUGAAUCGUCCCAAAGGAACCUUGGUUACCAAGCCACAGAACGUUGAUGGGGAGGUGUACAAGCGGAUGUUGCUUGAGAAGGUACUGCCUGCAAUUUACGAGAAGUGGCCGAGGGGAUCUAGUACUCCGGAGAUUUUCAUUCAGGAGGAUAAUGCGAAGCCCCAUAAGGCUACUAUCAGGGAGGAGGUGAAAGCAGCUGCAGCUAGCAAAGGUUGGAACAUUACUGUGAAGACUCAACCACCAAACAGUCCGGACAUGAAUGUACUUGACCUUGGAUUCUUCAAUUCAAUUCAAAGCUUACAGUAUAAGAAGCGCUCGAAGGAUAUUGAUCAUUUGAUUGCAAAUGUUGAGGAAGCAUUUGAUGAGUGCAAGCGUGAAACAUUGAACAACGUGUUUUUGUCCCUGCAGGCUUGUAUGGAAGCAUCUCUUGGUGUAGACGGUGAUAACAACUACAAGCUUCCGCAUAUGGGCAAAGCAAGCCUAAUGAGAGAAGGUACCCUUCCGAUUUCGAUCAUUUGUGAUCCUGAUCGCAUCAAUGCGGGACGUGCAUUACUGGCACAAGCUGAAGCGGAAGCCACCAACACUGCAUGAGUAGUCCAUUAGUAGUAGUAUUAUGUAGUAAUGAGUUUAGUAAAUAGUAAAAUGAUGUUACUGGUAGUGAUUGUACAGUAUCGUACUGGGUUCUUAGUUAGGGGACUAUCAUUCAGGGACAGCAGAAAAUGAGUCACAGUACGGUCAUUGUGGGACAGAGGAAGUAGAACCGUGGUACAGGCCGAUACAGGAAGCUUCCUGCAAUCAGAACAGAUAGUUUUCGUUUUGGGGGAUCAGUUCGAGACUCAGAAAUGGGGGAAGUAGUCUGGCCGCACUGGACUUGAAUUAUCAACCAACCGCUCUUAAUCAUCAAUCACGGUUCCAGCUCUUUUCAACAUCUAUUCGGUGAGUUUUUUUCUAAUUUCCGUCGAAUACGUGCUCGAAGAGUUUGUACUUCAGCUCCUGCUGCUGACAAUGGCAACAGAAAUAACUUGAGGUACACUGAGGAUAUUUGGAAAGUAAAAAUUUUAAGUUCCUGAGUCGCAAAACGCUCUCCGUCUUUUAUUUGACAGUGAUUGACAGUGAUACGCCAGUCAAUAUAAGUAUAAGUUUGCCAUGAAAGUAAAAGCACUCAGUCGGAGUAGGGCCUCCACCGAGCGUGAAUGUGUAGGAGACUUGAGGAAACAUUCACGUAAUCUAGAUCCUGCGUAUCAUCCCAUGCAGCGACCCCGCGAAAUGGCGAGAGCGGUGACAUCGGCGAAAAUGGAACGAAUGGUGAGUUGAGAUGUUCUCUUUAAUUUUGUCCUAGUUUUCUGCGUGUCGAUGUUCCUGACUUUCGUAUUUAUUCUCGUUCUUCAAAUGGAAAGUUUGCGAAACCGCUGGUGGGAAAUUUUGGCAAUGGUCACCAAGAUGCUGUGUAUCAUACAGCUAUUUCACGGAAAUCGUUGUUGCCUCUACUUUCAGGAUGUGCAGACGGCACUAUCAAAUUGUGGGACAUGCCAACCCGUACAUGUGUUUCUCAACUAAAUGCUCAUAAACAGG